UUGGACUUGGGAAGAUGAAAGUGCGCAUGUGCAAUGAAAGCACUUAGUAAACAUUAGGCAUGCUCUCGUUUUCCUUCAUGUUCAAACGAGAUACCGGUAUUCAAUGUAUCAAGUACAAUGGGACAAAGAUUAUGAAGUGAAAGUAAUAUAUCCUUUCAGACUAUCAAGAGUAUUGUUUAUAAUUGUUAUUUUAAAUUUACUUUGGGUUUGGCUAUUUUCCAAACUUAACCCAUGGCUUGGAUUGAAAUUGGAUCUGCAUCUGACGAGUUAUUUCGAACAAGAGAUAUUGCUCUCACAUCUUGGGGUAACUAUUAUUGCCUGCUUCUUAAUCCUGAAAUUGGAAAUCAGAUCUGAAAGCUUGCUUGUGAUUCCUUCAGUUGGAAUCAAUGUUACAUAUGCCAACAGACUGGGACAAGUGUACACAGAGUUCUACUCAAGACAGCUGGUCAUGGACCUUGUCAUUGUUGAAGCUAUAAUCAUGCAAAAGCUUGCUACCUAUCCAGUCAUAUUGUACCACGAUUCUUUCACAAGGGAAAUGAAAAUUAAGCCCCUGUUCAUGAAAUGCAGAUUAAAGAUGGCAGAACUUAAAAGUAUUUACCAGAAAGUUCAGAAGAAUCUUAGAUUUACCUCAUCAGAAAAGAAAAGUUGACCCAAGAUUAUUUUCAGCAUUUUUUUCCCCCUUUUUAUCCAUUUGCUUAGUAUAUAUACGUGUAUAUGAGCCUCUUCUGAGGAUGUUUACAACCUUAAUAUUUAUGGUAAAUGUGAUACAUGAAAUAGCAUGGAUAUUUCAAAAUAAUAGUGGGAUUUUUUUUAUAAUUCUUCUAAGCCUUUAUAUCGAUCUUGGAUAUUUUUUUGGUUCUGUUAAUUUUAAGACAAUGAAUUUUGACUGUUUUUUGUUUUUAUUGAUAUUACCUUUACUUCCAGUUAUUAUGGCAGAGAACUAUAUAUAGACAUAGGUCUCUGGUAGUGUAAAAUGAUAAUAUCCACAACAUGACAGUGAUUCUGUAUACAAUACUAAAAAUUACGGAAUGUUUUAGAAUUAUAAUGAUUUUUAAGCAUAAUAUACCAUCACUCAGUGUCAAAAUGAACAACUUUAUAUUAAUGUAUAUGUAUUCAUGUGUUUAACAGAUUUUUAGAAUUUGCUGUUAACGUGCAUCAUAAUUUAUACAUUCUAGUCUGUACGUUGUACCAAUUACUUAUUCCAUGAUACAUCCUACAGGUAAAUGAAGGCUUUCGUUCUAUAAUAGCUAGAUCAUAAGUUUUCCUCUUUUUUCACAAAGUAUGUUCUGUACGUCUGCAAUUAAUUUUGUAUAUUCAUAUUGUUUUGCAAUACAUUAAUUAGUUCAUGUGUUAAGAAAAUUUCAGGGACUAAAACUCAUGUAGAUUUUGUGUUUUUUUUAUAUCCAACUUAAUUUAUGAGUGUAACAGUUUGUUUUUUGUUUAAGUUAAUUGUCACAACACUUAAUCUAGUCUUUUUUUAAUAGUACUGGUGGCUAAAUUUGAUGUUUCAUUUUCAAUACCAAUGAUACUUAGUAGAUCGAUUGUGAUCUUGUAUUCCAUGAAUAUUGUGCUUUUUAGCUCACCUGAGCCAAAGGCUGAAGAGCUUUUCUGAUUAAAAUUUCUCUGUUGUUUGUUGUCAUCAUUGUUGUCAACUGUGUUGAAAGCUUUUUCUCUAAAACCACUGGGCCAAUUUUAACUAAACAUGGCACAAAGCAUCCUUGGAAGAAGGUCUUUCAAAUUCUUUCAAAUGAAGGAUCAUAUUUUGUCCAAAUGGGAGAUGAUUAGAAAAGAGUGUAAAAUUAUUAAAAAUUGAAUUUCUGUUAGGUGUAGAAAUAGAAUGAUUAUAAACUGAAUUAAACUAUUGAAUGAGUAAGAUGGCAUAACUCGAUCUGUUGAGCAAUUGUUGGUGGCUUGUAACAGCAG